AUGCGCUACGCUUUCGCCGCAGCGGCGCUGGCUGCGGUAGCCACUGCCAGCGAUGUCCACGACCUCAAACAAGAUACAUUCAAAGGUUUCGUAGGAGACCAUCCUCUAGUCCUCGCAGAGUUCUUUGCGCCAUGGUGCGGUCACUGCAAGGCUCUCGCACCUGAGUAUGAGGAGGCGGCGACCACACUCAAGGAGAAAAACAUCCCCCUAGUCAAGGUCGACUGCACAGCCGAGAGCGAUCUCUGCAAAGAAUACGGUGUUGAGGGCUACCCUACCGUCAAGGUCUUCCGUGGUCUCGACAACAUCAAGCCGUAUGGUGGUGCACGAAAAGCUCCUGCUAUCGUCUCAUACAUGACCAAACAGCAACUACCGGCCGUCUCACUCCUUACUGCCGACUCCCUGGAGGAAUUCAAGACCACCGACAAAGUCGUCGUUGUCGGCUACUUCGAUAAGGAUGACAAGACCUCCAACACAACAUUUACUGCCGCUGCAGAAUCAUUGCGAGACGAAUAUAUCUUCGGAGCCACCAACGAUGCCGCUUUGGCUAAGGCUGAGGGCGUCAAGGUGCCUGGUCUCGUCCUUUACAAGGACUUCGACGAGGGCAAGACCGUCUUCGAGGAGGCUUUGACCGAUGACUCCAUCUCCAAAUUCAUCAAGACCGCAUCAACACCACUUAUUGGCGAAAUUGGCCCCGAGACAUACGGUGGCUACAUCUCAGCUGGUAUUCCUCUUGCUUACAUCUUCGCCGAGACUCCUGAAGAGCGCACCAAGUUUGGUGAGGCGUUCAAGUCCAUCGCUGAGAAGCACCGCGGCAAGGUCAACUUCGCCACUAUCGAUGCGAAGGCAUUCGGCGCUCAUGCCGGCAACCUCAAUCUACCGACCGAUGCCUUCCCUGCAUUCGCCAUUCAAGAUCCUGCCAAGAACACCAAGUACCCAUUUGAGGGUGCUGAUCUGACGGAGAAGAAGAUCGCAGCUUUCGUCCAGAAGUUCGUCGACGGCAAGCUCGACCCCAGCAUCAAGUCUGAGCCCAUUCCUGAGAGCAACGACGGCCCGGUCGCCAUUGUCGUAGCCCACAACUACAAGGACAUCGUUCUCGACGACAAGAAGGACGUCCUCGUCGAAUUCUACGCUCCAUGGUGCGGUCACUGCAAGGCUCUUGCCCCCAACUACGAGAAGCUGGGCAAGUUCUACAAGGACAACAAGGACUAUGAUUCCAAAGUCACCAUCGCCAAGGUCGAUGCUACUGCUAACGAUGUGCCUGACGACAUCUCCGGCUUCCCAACCAUUAAGCUGUUCCCAGCUGGUGCCAAGGACUCUCCGAUCGAGUACUCCGGCUCGCGUACCAUCGAGGACCUGGCCAAGUUCGUCAAGGAGAACGGCAAAUACAAGGUUGACGCCUAUGUUGACGAGUCUGAGGAAGCUGCGGAGACAAGCGCUGGUGAGACCAACCAGGCUGCACCAGCUGCUACCAAGGCCGCGGAGGGCGUUGCUCAGAAGGUAGUUUCGGUGGCUAAAGACGCUGCGGCGGCGGCUGCGACCAUCGUUGUCGAUACCGACGGCGAUGCUGGAGCCGAUGAGCACGAUGAGCUGUGA